AUGCUCCGAACAAGAGUUGUCCACUCCACCCUUGGUGACAGUGAGGGGGGGGUUAUCUCUCCUCUGCUAUGGCUCCUCGUUGUUGACGGCCUCCUCACUGGACUCGAGGAGCUGGGAGUGAGGACAGUCGCAUACGCAGAUGAUGUGGCACUGCUGGGAUCGAGCAGGAACACGAGCACGCUACAUAGCAAAAUGCAAAAGGCGCUGAACUAUGUUCAGCACUGGUGCACAUCGAAGGGCCUAAGGGUAAACCCAGGCAAGACGGAGAUGGUGCACUUCACACGUAAAAGGAGAGGUGCUGUCAAAGCUCCCUCCAUUUAUAACACAACGCUGGAAUUCUCAGAGGAGGUCAAAUACCUAGGUAUUUGGCUCGAUAAGAAGCUCAGCUGGAAAAAGCCUAUCGCUAUGCAGACUAGCAAGAUCACUAUGACAUACUGGGCGUGCAGGCGAAUGAAAGCGGUGGACAGAACAGGCAGGCUUGCGAUGCUGGGUAUAACAGGGGCCCUCAGAACGACCCCGAGCUCAGCAUUGGAGGCCUUGCUCUUCAUGCAACCUCCACACCUAAUCAUAAGGGAGGAGGCGACAAAAGCGGCCGCGAGAUUGCGGCUACAGGGAACAUGGAAAGGAGCCAGGAAUGGUCACGCUAGUGUCCUCCGCGCGGACGGCGAGCUUGAGGGGCUACUGUCGCGGGGUGCUGACGCCUGCAGACCCAGAUGGCACUUUCGCAGAAAGUUCUCGGUCAACCUUGGAUGUGGGGAAACCCCGGCAGGAAAGGAUGCGGACUGGGUGCCGCCCCGUGGACUAGUCUGGUAUAGGGACGGAUCACGGGAUGAUCCUGGAGAGAGGGGACAAGGGCAAAAGAUCUUCAUCUUAUCGGACAGCAGGCGCGCGCUGAGGGCAAUACUCAGCUAUGAGUGUUGCUCAAAGUUAGUGGGUGAAUGCGUUGAGCUGAUGGAGAGGAUCGCCGAAAAUAAUUGGCUCGAGGUGGCUUGGAUUCCGAGCCACGCUGGCAUCAAAGGCAAUGAAAAAGCCGAUGAGCUAGCAAAGAAAGAUAGUUGCAGGGCCUUUCAGGGGGAAGUGAAGCAUGUAGGCGUGCACACCAAUUUUGUGAAGGACCUGAUCAAGGAACGUGGGGACAGAAGGAUCGUGGAGAGAUGGGACUCGGAGACGGGUGCCAGGCACACGAGAUCCUUCCUAGGAAAACCCACAAGGAAGAUGGCAGAAAGCUUAUUGGGCCUAAACAGGGUUAAGCUCCGGGCUAUAGUGGGGCGUAUCACUGGACACUGGCCCUUGGCUCUGUACUUAUCAAGGAUAGGCAAGGGGACUGACCCCCUAUGCAAAAGAUGCGGGCUGACGGAGGACGAUCCUCUUCACCUCUGUACAAGAUGCAGCGGACUCGAUGAAGCCAGAUGGAAUGUCUUCGGCUCUACGUGCAUAGAUAUACGUGUCGACAGGGACGGGAUCAAGGGGCUCUAUGAGCUAGCUCGUAGGGCACAGAUACUCGAUACCAGCGACUGGGCGGCUGCCUUAGGACAGGGUGUAAAAUGGCCGAGAGGCUGA